AUGAUGCCCACACUUAUGGGAGGCGUUCUUCCUGGGCCCGUUCCCACACCCUAUCACACCGACACCUUUCUGGACGACUUGUCGAGACAAAUGGCCAUCUCCCAAGCUUCACGGAGACUAUCUCGAGGCUCCAACGGACAACGCAACGCAGGAGCUAUGCGUGUAGCCAAGCCCACCAGCGCCAGCAACAGCCCGAGAUCAGCAGCAGCCAUGCAGGCAAGGAGGAGGACUGUGGUGAACGACGGAAACCUGGCGAGGCGGAGGCAGCAGCCCAUGGACCAAGUCCCGAUGCCCGACUAUGGAUCUCAGUCACGACCGAGUCGUCCCCUCAGCUGGCACCCUUCGACCUUUCAACAACAGAAGAUGGCCGUCCCUCAGAGCAUGGCACAAUACCCAUUCCCUCCUGUCACGUCGGCAUAUGACACGGACAGCUACCACGUAUACCAGCAAUUCCCACCAACACCGGCAGCCUACUCGUGCAACACUUCACCUGUUGCCUCAUUCUCCCCUUUGUCACUCCCUUUUGGAGGAUAUGAUGGGUCCAACUACCUGCCUGUCGAGGGCUGGAACGUGCCUCCUCAAGCACCACCGGCCUACGUCUCUUCAGACAACACUGGCUACGCUGAGCCUUUCCCAUCUCUACCAACUACGCUCCCGGAUCUUACGCCGUCUUCCACCUCGACACAAUGGAAUUCGCACCAUGUGCACGGCUUCACUAGCACUUCUCCGCCCACCCCCGAAACGCUGCCGCAGGCCCAGCAGCCCCAACCUAUCGUCCCGAAUGAGGACACUAUCCCUUAUCAACCCCUCGACGAGCCUGAGGAGGAGGGAGAGAUCCUUGUGGGCAUGGGACUCUAUGACGCUCCCGACAAGUAUGAUCAGGACCCGCAACUCGACACAUCUCGCUCUGCCAUGUCCUCGCUGCUGGGCGUUUCUUUCCGCCCUCUGGAGGGUACGGGUAAGGGCCUGAAGCUUGAGGAGUCGUGGCAGCCUCCUGAGAGCGAUGACGAGGAUGAGGAUGAGCAGGACGAUGCUGAUGGCGAAGACUCGGAUUAA